CAGUUAAACUCUGUCUACAAUAUAAAGAGUUUAUAGCGAACAAGAAGAAAAACAGAACCACCUCUUUUGAAAAAGAAGAAGAAAGUAACAAAACUCUAGAACAAGAGGUUCUCACAGAGGACCUAAAUAUAGACAUGAACCAAACAGAAGAAACACCUUUACCCAACUCUGAGGAAACUUUAACCAACUUAGAAAAGGUUAGGAAAGAGAAGACAGUAAUCCCCACAAUGAUGGAAGAAGACUCGGAAGUUCCUAACAAUGAAACUCUCAGUGAUGUAGACAAAGAAAACAGCUCUAUUGUCAAUGCUUUUAAAACUACAGUUGUAGAAACAGAAGAACCUCAAGCCCUGAACUCCCCUCUAGUACUAAUUGCUAACGAAAUUAACUUGCAGCCUCGUUGUGCUAAUGCUGAAGAGGAAUUUACCGUUGUCUCAUACAAAAGGAAAAAAGACAAGAAAACUUCUACGAAACAAAAG